AUGGCAGAAAGAAAAGUUUUAGUUAAAUAUUAUCCUCCUGAUUUUGAUCCAAAGUUAUUACCAAAUAAUCAUCGUCCAAAAGGUAAAUAAGAUAAUGUUCGAAAUAUGCUUCCAAUGACUGUUAAAUGUAAUCAUUGUGGUAAUUAUCUCUAUAUUGGAACUAAAUUCAAUAUGAGAAAAGAGACUGUAUGGACAGAAAACUAUUUGGGAAUUCUAAUUCAUAGAUUUUACUUUAAAUGCACGUAUUCAAUUAGAAUUCUAUAUUAGUUAUUGUUAUGCUGAAAUUACAUUUAAAACUGAUCCUAGAAAUCAUGAUUAUAUUGUUGAGGGCGGAGGAACUAGAAAUUAUGAUCCAUAUAGAGAUGCAAAAGCAGCUGAAGAAGUUCUUAAAUAAAUGAGAGCCAAUGAAGAAUAAGGAGAUUCCAUGAAAUUUUUAGAAAAUAAAACACAUGAUUCAAAAAAAGAAAUGGACAUUCUUGAUGCUAUUGAUGAUACUCAUUAACUCAAUAAAAGAUAAACUUAAUUUACUCCUGAUAUGUUACUUAAAUAACUCUUUUAUGAUUUAGAUGCUCUUGAAUUAUAAGAAGAAUGGGAAAAAUCAAAAGAAUAUAAAGAAUAAUUCAAAGUUAAGCGAUUGUCUGAUACUAAUGAUAAAGAGUAAUUUUAAUAAUUCAUUAUUAGUGAUAAAACUAUGCAAAGUGUUACUUAGCAUCUUAAAUAAGUUGUUGUCUAAUCAUAACCAAAAUAAAUUCAAUCUAUUGUCAAACCUAAAUUUGUUAAAAAAUAGAUUUGUCUUGAAAAAGAUGGAGAAAAAAUUGGAUUAAUCAAAUAAGAAGAAAAAGAUGAUUAAACUGUUAAAUAGGAAACCUAAUAUAAGACUUCCUCAUUGGUAGAUGAUGAUUAUUAAGAUUGAUUAUCG